AUGUCUACAACUAGUGCUACUACAGGUAGUAGUACUGCUAGCGCUACUGGUUCUAGUAAUCCUGGUAAUAUACUAAUAGCGGAUUUACCUCCACCACUACAUUCUCACACUUCCCCUAGUAUUGCAUUAUCAAUCAAAUUAAAUCAAGAUUUCAUUCAUCAAUUAAAAUCACAUAUGGCAAAAUCACCUUCUUCUUCUUCUGGUAAUAAAGUUAAAUUGGUGGUUAAAAAUGGUCAAGUAUCUAUUAAAUUAAAUGAACAAAUACAAUAUCCAUGUUUGAAAUUCCCCGAGAAUUUAACUAUUGAUGUAUAUUCUAACAAUAAUUAUGAUGGAAGAAUAAUUAAUAAAUUGACCGUGGUCACUGAUUCCAAAAAAAUCAAACAGUACAACAAUAGUAAUAGUGUUGGUAAUGAUACUGAAAAGGAUCGUGAGGCCAAUUCCAACGUUAUAACUCCUAUAAGCACUCCUAGGGAUUUGCAUACUCCUAUUAUACCGUCUAACAAUAACAGGAAAGAAAAGCCGUUAUCACCGCAAAAACAAAAAUCCGUAAUGGAUGUUUAUGGUGGUAAAUCUCAUAAUCCAUACAAAGUAUUGAAUGAUGGUGGUGACAGUAGGAAACCCCUUGAUCCAAUGCCAACAAUUUUCAAGAAAUUUCUACAUUUAGUAGCAUUAGGACCGAUUACAUUAUCUCAUAUUCUAACUAUACUAGAUUGUGAUAAAGAAGAAAUUUACAAGUGGUUAACUGAUUAUGGACAGAAAUAUAAUCCUAAUGAUCAAUUUAUUCAGCAAGAUAAAUUUCCUUAUAGUGAUUAUAAUUAUGGUGAUGAUAAUGAUAGUAAUUCUAAAUUCGUCAAAGAUAAUAAUUAUGGAUUGAAGACAAGUUUUAUUUUGAAAGAUAAGAGUUAUAAAGAAUUAUUACCUUGGAAAUGGCCAUAUACUGAUUAUGAAAGAGCUUUAGUGUUGAAUAAUGUUAAUAAUGCCUUGACAAGAAUUGGAUUUUCUUUAACUCAUCCAUUAAGAAAGAAGAUCAUUAAUAAUGAUAAUGAAUCUAAUAAUAAGAGUACCAGUAAUAAUAACGGUGAAGAAAAGGCUAGGAGUCUUGGCGGUGGAUUGUUAGUGUCGAAAAAGAAAUUUCCAAUUAAACCACCAGUAGCGAGUACCCCACCACCACCACAACAACAACCUCAACAACAAAAAUCUACAACUACAACUACAACUAUAACUACAUCACCAAAAUCAUCGACUAACACAAUUGAAUUGAACAAAAAAGGGAAUAGAAUCAAUAAACUGAUUUCAAAAAGUCCUAGUGGAAUAAAUACCCCACUGAGCAGUAGUGAUAUUUCAUCUAAAUCUUCAAAAUCAAGGAAAAGAAAAUUAUCAACUUCUAGUUCCAGUUCAAGUUCCAAUUCUUCAUUAUCUGAUGAUAAUUUAACAUCAAACAUUGGUAGUACUAGUAUCAAUUCAACUAAUUAUAAACUGAAUUAUAAUUCACCUCCUUCAGAACAAGAAUUUGAUGAUCAUUAUUAUUCUUCAUCAUCAUCGUCGUCAACUACCACCAAUUCCACUUUUGCAUUAUCUAAUCAAGAUCAACAUAACUUAUCAUCAUCUUCUUCUAGUACAUCGAAAAUGGAUUAUUAUACUAAUUUGGCUAAUAAAUUUAGAAUCAAAUAUAAAGAAUAUUCUCAAUUAUAUAAUCAUUUAUUAACAAAUUCUUCAACAAAUGAUAAUGAUGGUAGUAAUACAAAUUAUAAGAAAAAUUUAAUGAAAUUAUUUGAAUUACAUCAAUUAUUAAGUCAAUGGAAAAAAUUAUUAUGGGAUUUUGAUAAAGAUUUAAAAUUAAAACAAAAUUUGAAUCAAUUACACGUUCAAAAAAGGGAUAAUAAAACUGUUAGUACUACAACUACAACAACAACAAGGAAUAGCAAUAGUGCCAGUUCUACUAGUGGUGCCAGUGGUGGGAAUAAAAGUCCUUCGAAAAAACGGAAAUUAGUUAUGGAUUAUUAA